AAAUUAUUUCAAGUUGAAACGCCAACAAGUGAACACACCAAGUGGUCUUAUAAAAAGAAAUAAUUCGCUCUCACACAUUUUCUUUUGAGUAUUUACUGAAAUCAAAUUCUAAUAUCGAACAAAGAACAUAAGUAUGGAUGUUAUCUACUGUUUUGGAGAUUCCAUCAGCUACAGAACACCAGCUCGUGAUUACGAACAGUUUCCAAUGGAGGAAGAGAAAAAGAAGGCUCAAGUGAAGCCACGGUACCAGCCUAGUCAGAAGAAAGAAAGUAAAUCAACAUCUCAUCGAAACUGUGAGUUUUGUAAAGAGAAGGCCAAAGAACAGAAGAAAAGACCUUUGAAGAAGGAAAUCAAACGCUGUGCGAUACGAACAGAAUCGAUAAGCGAGGAGGUUGACGAAUCGUAG